AUGGCCGACACUGUACAUACUUCAGAUGCAAGCGGCAAGACGGCAAAAUCCCGUCCCACGCUCCCGGGCGUGCCGGCCAGCUGGGGCGAGCUGAAUAACGGUCACGAUGAACAAGACCGCCCACAGUCCGCAGCGCCGAUGCAGCGGUGUUCCCGGCAGAAACCCAGCGGGCACAGGCCCACCAGUCAUGCCCACCAUGCCGUCAUCGCCCCCUGCCUCCAGUAUCCCGGAACAGCAGCGAUCCGUCCCAAGACACGCCGCACUAUCCGCGUUACACUAGUGGUCGAAACCGUUCCAGGCAUCCCCGCGGAAGCAACGCGGGGUGGCAACGACUUUACCAAUGCAACCUCGGGAACUACCAGGUCGGCGACCUCGCAAACACACGGCAUCCUACAUUUUAUUAUACCGUCUGUGCGGCCCAAGCUCGACGUCGAUCCCACGAUUGCGACAGAAGACAGGAUGACGACGGAGACCGUUUCCCGCGGUGAGGCAAAACCCAGAGGCUGGCGCCAAUCUGCGGUCAAUGAAGAGGGAUCUGCACGAGGUCUGCACGAGGAUUCCACACUCGUGGACCCAGUUGACAGAGAUCCGAUCCGGAUAACGUACACUACAUACAUCGAGGGUACCCAGGAGAUUUCUACAGUAUUUAGCCGGAUUGAGGAGCCAACCACACAGCUGGAUGCCCUGCUACAUCAGUCUCCGUAUGCAAGUUGUCCCGACCCCGGCGAGUUUUACAUUACACUAAGCGGGAACAUCGGGUUCAGCAGCGCCUCUCACGGUCGACCACAAUCUCGUUCACUCCACGGUGCUGUGGAUCCCGCCGAUCAGCCCUGCGACGUCACGAGAAAGGUCCGAGCUACCAGGCUGUUUUCGUCGCGCGCCUUUUGA